AUGUCGUCCUCGGAUUCGGAGAGAUCACAGUCGCCUGAUCCGGCUACUACAAAGCCGGCCGACUCCAAAAAGCGCAAGACUCAGGUCGAAGAAAUCGAAGUAGACCUGUCGCUCCCCGAGCCGCCUUCCAAGAAGGCCAAGCGUCUCCUCAAGAAGGGCAAGCCCCUUCCUGUAAAGCCCAACAGCGACGACGAAGGCGACAAUGGCGAUGGGCUUGACCUACCCUCUGCAAAGACCAAGGAUGGAAAGGACAAGAAGUCAAAGCGUUCCGAGUACGGUGUCUGGAUUGGCAACCUGCCCUUCCACUUGACCAGAGCCGAUCUUUUCAAGUGGUUGGUGGAUUCAUCGGGCGGCGUCAUCCAGGAGGAGAACAUUACACGAGUCAACCUACCGACAAGCAAGAAUGCACGUGCAAGGGAGGGCGAGCAGAGCAAACCGCAGAACAGAGGUUUUGCGUACGUCGACUUCGAUAACGAGGCACCCGCCAUUGCAGCCAUGUCACUCACUGAAACGCAACUGGAAGGCCGUAACGUCCUGAUCAAAAACUCGACCAACUUUGACGGUAGACCACAAAAGGAGGCAGCAGAGGCCGCAGCAGCAUCGACACAAGCGGCCAAGAAGACUGAAGGCAGCAGAAAGAUUUAUGUUGGCAAUUUGCCGUUCCAAGCGACGGAAGACGACAUUUGGGCACACUUUGAAAAGUGCGGCACUAUAGACUGGGUCAAGGUGGCUACCUUUGAGGAUUCAGGGAAGUGCAAAGGCUACGGUUGGGUCAAGUUCAAGGAAAUCGAGUCUGCUGAAUCUGCUGUCAAGGGCUUUGUCAGGAUAAAAGAGGAGAUUGAGACGGAAGAGGACUUCCGGGAAGGCAAAGAGGGAGGCGAGGAGGGGGAACCGGCUGAGGAGAAGAAGUUCAAGAUGAGGAAAUGGUGGGUGAACAGGAUCCGCGGCCGAGAUCUGAAGAUUGAGUUUGCCGAGGACGACCAAGUCCGGUACAAGAAGCGUUUUGGAAAGGACAAACCAGCCAGACAACAGAAUGGCGAUGACAAUGCCCAGGAAAGGGCUCCUUCGUCAAAGCCAGCAGUGGCACCGAAGAAGACAACAUUUGACGAUUAA